ACUUUAAAAGUAAUUUUUAUGCAAUACGUGUUAACUAAAUUUUAAUAGCAUUGCUGUGUGUGCUGGUAAGAUAGAAUAACACCACACAACGACUCAAAAGCGGUAUUUUUAUUAGAAUUUGGGCAACUGAAUAUAGUGUCUUUCCGAAAAGUCUUCUUAGCAAAUUUUCUCGGGGGGGCGUAACUCGUAAGUAUCAAAGAUUUGCGUGGCAACAACAUGGCGACUGGAAAUGCGAUUUCAAAAUUUUCACAUUUGUUCGGAAGGCGAUCUGCGGUCGUAAUUGGUAUGAUUCACGUCGAUGCUUUGCCAGGAACCCCAAAACAUAGCCAACCUGUGUGUGAUAUUAUUGCAAAAGCAUGCCAAGAAGCAUCAAUUUACAAACAGGCAUCUGUGGAUGGAAUUAUGAUAGAGAACAUGCACGACACUCCAUAUCUUAAUCAAGAUGUUGGUCCAGAGAUCACAGCCGCGAUGACAGCGGUCUGUUACGAAGUAAAACGAACAGUUCCGAGCAUUCGCAUACAAAUCCUCGCCGGUGCCAACAAGCAAGCAUUGGCAGUUGCGAAAGCGUGUGGUUUGGACUUCAUUCGUGCCGAGGGCUUCGUGUUUUCGCACGUUGCCGACGAGGGAACGAUGAAUUCUUGCGCGGGAGAACUUUUGAGAUACAGAAAGAGCAUUUCUGCAGAUAACGUGUUGGUUUUCACUGAUAUCAAGAAAAAACACAGCUCCCACGCUAUUACAUCAGACGUGAAUUUGGUCGAAACUGCCAAAGCCGCGGAAUUUUUUCUCUCGGAUGGCGUCAUUAUUACUGGAACCGCCACAGGGGACCCAGCGAAUCACCAUGACAUGCUAGAGGUGAAAAAAUCUGUAGACAUGCCGGUUCUCAUUGGUUCAGGGGUUACUACAGAGAAUGUUCAUCAUUAUAUACAGGCUUCGGCACUUAUUAUUGGGUCAUAUUUUAAGGAAGGUGGUCAUUGGAGUGGGCCGGUAGAUUUGGCCCGAGUGCAGUCUUUUAUGGCAAAAAUUGAAAGAUUAAGAGUUUAGGUCAACGUUGUCUGAAUUGAACCAUAGCAAAUGAAAUUAAUUACUCCUUACGCUUAGCUGUCUUAGGUAGGUAUUGGUUAUAAAGAAUAUUGUAAAUUUGAUCGAGAGAGAUUAACAAAUAGAUAUCAAAUUUGGCUGUUCAAUGCCUGGAAAGUGACAGGACCUUAGUCAACCGAAACUCGUAAAAAAAGGCUAAUAAAUCUUUUCUCCAUAUUAAGGCGAGGAACUUUAUAAUAGCGCGGUUAUAGUAAAGGUUAGUUUCAAAACAGUGGUGUCAAAAUUGAGAUAAAAGUAAAUCUCAUUGAACCUCAAAGUCACAGACACAGCCGUUAAUUCUAAAAUGUUCAAACGAACUAUUAUGGUGUUGUCUAGGAAAUAAUGUAAACAAUGUUCAUACUGAUAAUCAAUUAC